AUUUCAGUCGAAAUAGCCCAACUUUUACUAUGAAAGUUCGGCUAUUUCACAAAAAGGACUGUAGGCUCGUUAAAAGUUUCGACCAAUGGGGAAAUUUUUGUGCAUGGUCUCAAACUUGUGCGAUCGAAAAUAGAAAUAAGCGCAUUUUUAGCGCCAACCUUAUCCUACAUCGACAUCUAGAAAUGGUUUCGCAAACUGGCUAUUCAUCCACAUUCUCAUUGAGCUACAGCCUUCAAAAGUUGCCCAUCACCUCGACAUCUCGCUUUAUGGGAAACACUUCCAUGCGGACCAACGCCGGUGAUUCUUGUUAUUAAACACCACUUUGCUUAGCCAAGUUCGUGGGCUUCAAUGAAAAACCAUUAUCCACUGGCGUUUUUCAUUCGGCAAUCAUGAAAACUCCCAGCAUUCCAGGACUUUUGAGGAGUAUUCAAUAUGUAG